AUGGGAGGGUUACCACUGAAGCACCUCUUUUGGGGGAGCUUUGUUGUGUCUAGGGCGACAUUCCAGACAGUGUUAAUAAUCUUCCUUCUGAUUCCAUGUUCCUUGACUGUGGAUUAUAGGGGAGGGCCACUUCUACCAAGUGAGAUUUUAAUUUGGGUCUGGAAUGUCCCAACUGAAGCUUGUAUUGGAAACUUUAGCCACUCAAUAGAUCUGAGCCUCUUCCCUAUAGUCGGAAGUCCCCGAAAAACUGCCACAGGGCAGCCUGUUACACUAUUUUAUGUUGAUCGACUUGGCUACUAUCCUCACCUAGAUACAAAGCUAGCAGAGCAUCAUGGAGGAAUUCCUCAGUUAGGGAAUUUGAAAAAUCAUCUGGACAAAUCUAAGACUGAUAUUGAGCAUUAUAUUCCAGUAGACAAAUUUGGCUUAGCUGUCAUUGACUGGGAAGAAUGGAGGCCCACUUGGAUGAGAAACUGGAAACCCAAGGACGUCUACAGGAAUAAGUCUAUCGCCUUGGUCCAGGCAAAUAAUGCAGGGAUUAGCAUCGAAGAUGCCACACAGAAAGCCAAGGACGAAUUUGAAACGGCAGGAAGGCAUUUCAUGGAAGAGACUUUAAAACUGGGGAAAUCAGUUCGACCAAGACACUUAUGGGGUUAUUAUCUGUUUCCUGAUUGUUACAACAAUAAGUUUCAAGACCCAAAAUACGAUGGGAACUGCCCUCCUGUGGAAAAGCAAAGAAAUGAUGCUCUUAGCUGGAUGUGGAAAGAAAGCACGGGCCUUUACCCUUCUGUGUAUUUGAAGAAAGACUUGUACUGA